AUGACCCUCAUAAGAGGUCUAGUUCCAAAAAAGGCUCACGAAAUCUGGAAAGUCUUUGUCUUGAUGGAACUUGCACCUGAGUUAGGAAAGUUAACUUACCUUAAAUCUAUUAAUUUACGAAAUAACUCUUUGUGGGGAAGAGUUCCAGAAGAGAUUGGGAAAUUUAAAGAGUUGGAAGUGUUGGAUCUAGGCUACAAUAAUUUCAGUGGAUCUUUGCCAAUUAAUCUUGGCAACAAUUUGUCGUUGUCGAUUCUUUUAUUGGACAACAAUGAAUUUCUUGAUCAUUUCUCUCCUGAAAUUCAACAACUCAAGUUACUUUCUAAAUCUCAAGUGGAUGAGAACGAUCUAACCUAUAGUUCUUGCACGGGUGCCAGUUGCACUAACAGUUCUGGUUCUUGGAUCCCAAAACGGAAACUACUCCAGACAAAUGCCGACCACCAUAAAAGGAAGCCCAAAUUAUCACCAUCACCUUCACCAUCUUUGCAUUCGGCUUCACCCUCACCGUCUCCAAUCCAAUCACAUAUAUCUUUGUCAUCAAGCCCAUCACCAUCACCAUUAUCGUCUUCUCCAUCUAAAUCAUUUGUUCCAUCACCUUCUCCUGUAUGGCGGUGA